AAAAGGCUCUGACGUUUCUGGGUGCCUGCCGCUUUAAGACUCUUCUUCGGUGAUUACGGGGAGGAAGUGUGUAGUUAGUGUGGUUAUAGUGAGUUCGGGAAAGUGUUCAAGUUCAGCAGCAUAGUUCAGCCUACAUACAUGUGUUGUGUAGUUUUCUUUAUCUGUUCUGAACGAUCCAGCUUCCAAUAUUUAUGUGUUGAGUUCAUGACAAAAAACUAUAAUGACAAUGGAGGAUAUUGGAAUGUUCUGAUGAACACUGCUGGAUCUCAAUACAGUUAAUUGAAGAAAUUACAUCUCCUCGUCUUCAUUCCUGUGUCCUGAUCGAUACACCAUCCUGUUUACUGGCUAAAACCCUUGACGAACUAGCCCUGCUCGAAUACCUCACUAACAUUGGUCCUUCGAGCCGGAUAGCAGUAUUCAGGAUGGAGUCAGAUGAAGAGAUGUAUCCUGAUGUGAGACCUAAACGUCAAAUACGUCGACCUGUCAGACUUCAGGACUUUGAAGUGGACUAUAUGGGAUAUAGUCAUCGUGAUCAGCACCAAUGGGGCCUCUCAUCCCCUGCAUUGGAUAGGAGGGCGUUCCCUUUCCAAACAGCCUACCCUCACUCUAGUGGCUUCUCUGGGAAUGCUGCUCACCCUGAGUUUCCUCAGCUAGCCCCAGACCACAGCCAGAGGAGGGAUUUGGAUGGGCUUAGCCAGCCUGCGCGGACACCCUCAUCCCAUCAGAGCCCAUAUUUGGAUUCUCGUUUUUCUGAGGAAAUCCGAGCUAUUCGAGAGGAGAAUACUAAACUGCUCCAAACACAACAGGCCUUUCAAACGGGCAUAAAGGAACUCAAUGAAGCACGGCGCGAGAUGAAAGAGCUACUGGAGGUAGCCCGCUCACUGAGAGCAGACCUGGCCCAAGUUAAUAGUCCAACCUCAAACUAUAGUAAUCCCACGUCUCCACAAGCUGAUGCUGUAGCCUCAAGGAGUUUCGCUGUUGCAGCACACUCAAAGGAAAUGGAGCAGGAGGACUGGCCUGAUCCUCCACCCUGGCCUGAACCUGAAGAGAACGUGUCAAGAGGGAUGUGCAAUCUCAGGGUUGAUGAACAAGAGCUAGACAAUAUACAUCACAAUCUUUCCCCUGAAGCUAGAGUAUGUAGGCCUUGUAAGCCUCCACUGCCUCCUCAGUAUCCCGCUCCUACUACCGAUAAAGGGAUAUCACCAUACCUCUCUACACGACCCUCUCAGUUGCUCACACACCCUGCCCCAGCUCAUGCACCUGUGAUGCAAUCAGCGCCUGCCCGAACCUACCAUCCAUUAGCAGCCACUGGAGCGGUACAUGGCAUGCCACCACCUAAUCAGUUGAUGCAACCGCCAGGGAAUGAACAAGUGUAUCGAGGGCCCCAACCCACAAUCCCAAAGUUCAUUCACCCGGAUCCCAGUGAAUUUGCGCGGCUUCGCAUAGCUCUAGAAAACCUACUCCCAUCUAAUGCUACAGAACUCUUCAAGUAUCAAAUACUUGUGGAUCAUUUAAAGCUGGAGGAAGCUAAGCUUAUAGCUGAUGCUUAUCUAAACUCACCCAACCCCUAUAGUGACACUAUGUCAGCCCUCCAUGACAAAUUUGGUCAUCCUCAUCAACUUGCCUUAAAGAAGAUAGCAAGUGUUCUAGAAACCCCCGAAGUAAGGCGUGGUGAUACUAUGGCAUUCCAGAAGUUCUCUCUUCAGAUACAAUCUUUAGUGGGCUUGUUGCGGACUCUAGGUCCUGAAGGGGAAAUUGAACUCAACUGUGGCUCACAUGUUGCUCGUCUGCUGAGUAAGCUCCCUCCGGAACAGCGAGCUGAUUUCCGUCGACAUCAGUUCAAGCAGUUAGGGGCGACCCACACGCUACAUGAUUUGGCAGAAUGGCUCCGCUAUGAAUCAUGGAGUCAGGGCUUCGACAGUCAGGCUACUGGAUGCAGCAUAAAGGAAAGGCAGAAUUUGAAGACUGAUGGUCGUCCUGGAAGACAAACAGUGACCGUCCUACAUGGAGCUGGUGAGUCAAGAGAGACAGCAUCUUUGUACCAAAAAGAGAGUUCAACCAGCAGAGGGGUCAAGAGUAAAGCUUACUGUGCCUACUGUGAGAGUACUGAGCAUUAUCUUAGUCAAUGCAGUGCAGUCACCAAACUCUCCAAAGAUCAGCUUAGAGAGUGGAUACGGGUUAACAAGCGGUGUUGGCGUUGUGCACGAACUCACCAAGCCGCUCAGUGCACAUUGAAGAAACCUUGCAACAUCUGUCAGGGAAAACACUUACUGGCUCUUCAUGAGAUAAAUACAAGAGCAGAGAGGGGCAAUAAAGAUGUAGCUGUUAAAGAAGAGAGCUGCUUAACCAGCUCUGCGGCUGACUCGCUCUACCUGGACAGACCUGGAGCCGGGAAUCGAGUCAUGUUAAAGGUCGUCCCUGUACUUGUACAUUAUGAGGACCGAACCCUUGAUACCUUUGCGAUCCUUGAUGAUGGGUCAGAGAGGACCAUGUUGUUGCCAGCAGCAGCUAAGUUUCUUGGCAUAAAGGGCACUCCUGAAGCGCUUCCUUUGCGUACAGUCCGACAGGACAUCCAGAUCCUCCAUGGCCACACGGUGUCUUUCCAUGUCUCACCAGCCGCAAACCCUCACACCAGCUAUAAGAUCAAUGGUGCCUUCACGGCUGGCCGCCUCAGCCUAGCACAGCACACUUACCCCAUUGACCGUCUGAAGAGGAAAUACAAAUACCUAAGUGGCAUUCCCCUACCUGCUUUAAGAGAUGCUCAACCUACACUCCUUGUAGGCUCUGACAACCCUCAGCUGAUAACACCUGUCGAACCAGUCAGGCUUGGUCCACCAGGUGGCCCAGCCGCAGUCUGUACCAGGCUCGGGUGGACUCUUCAAGGCCCUACCCCAUUCAGGGGGCGGCCAAUCCAACCUGCACAGUGUCUGUUUACAUCAUCUGCGCCACCAAUGGAUGAGCUUUACAAGCAUGUUGAGAGGCUCUGGCAAGUAGACACUGUACCUUACCGACAUGAAAGAGAGGUGACGCGGUCGAAGCUGGAUCAGCAGGCUGUAGCAUUGCUUGAAGCCAAGACGGUCCGUACUAAUGUAGAUGGAAUUCUCAGGUACGCCACACCAUUGCUGCGCCAUCCAAGCAUGCCACCUUUGCACUCGCCAAAGGAGUCAGUUAUGCCCAUGUUACGUAGUACUGAGAGGCGACUCUUAAAGGACCCUAAACUAGCAGAUGCGUACAAGAUGGAAAUGCAGAAGCUCAUAGAAACGGGUGCUGUGAGGGAAGUCACUGAGGAGACCUCUACCAAAGAAGGAUGGUACAUCUCACAUCAUCUCGUCAGCCACAACGGAAAGAACCGCCUGGUCUUUAACUGUUCUCACCAGUACCUCGGGCAGACCCUGAACCAGUACCUGCUACCUGGCCCUACCCUUGGUGCCCCCUUGCUGGGAGUCUUAUUGAGAUUUCGUGAACGUCCCAUAGCUGUUAGUGGAGACAUCAAGGGGAUGUUUCAUCAAGUCCGCCUCAUCCCUGAAGAUCGCCACCUUCUAAGGUUCCUGUGGCGGGACCUGAAGGUAGAAGAAACCCCAAGAACAUUUGAGUGGCAAGUUUUGCCUUUCGGCACAACCUGUAGCCCGUGCUGUGCGAUAUACGCCCUGCAGCGCCAUGUUGUUGACCACUGCCAGCCGGACGAUGACCUGAGAUUCUCGGUUGAGAACUGCUUUUACGUAGAUAACUGCCUGCAGAGUGUGAGUACACAGAGUGAAGCUAAACUGCUGGUGGAUCGCCUCAGGGAUCUUCUGAUUUCUGCAGGAUUUGAGUUGCGUCAAUGGGCUUGCAACAAUCCAGAUGUCCUGAGUCAUUUGCCUCAAGAGGCCAGAUCUGAAAGCCUGGACCUGUGGCUGGCGCAGGAUAAGUCCAAUCCUCUGGAGUCAACACUCGGUCUCAGCUGGAAUUGGGCAACCGACUCCUUGGGUUACAAACAUAGGCCUGUGUCCUACGAGGUACCAACUCUGAGGAACAUUUACAGAGUUCUAGCUACUCAAUACGAUCCCUUGGGAUACAUGUUACCUUUCUCUACCCGAGCGAAGCUCAUCAUCAGGCAGCUGUGGGAUAAGAAGCGAGGCUGGGAUGACUCUAACUUACCCGCCGAACUCCUGCAAGCCUGGUCCAGCUGGGAGGCUGAACUGGAGUCCUUACCUUUCCUCACAUUUCCACGUGCAUAUGUUCCGGCGGACGCCAACCUUGAGGGUGCUACCCGUGAGGUGCACAUCUUCGCAGAUGCGUCUGAGCAGGCUUAUGGAGCUGUAGCCUACAUGAGAACUGAGGACAGGGAAGGCCAGAUCCACCUGUCGUUCAUCCUUGCUCGUUCACGAGUAGCUCCAAGACGCCUGCAUUCUAUCCCACGCCUGGAGCUUUGUGGAGCUCUGGUUGCAGCACAGCUGGCUCAUGUCCUUGAGAGGGAACUAAGCUUGACAGUGGCUCGAACUGUGUUGUGGUCAGACUCCACUACAGUCCUAACCUGGCUACACUCCCAGUCUUGCCGAUACAAGGUCUUCGUAGGUGCCAGAAUAGCUGAGAUACAGGAGUUAACAGAAAAGUGCACUUGGCGCUAUGUGGACUCAGCGAAUAAUCCUGCUGAUGAUCUGACAAGAGGGAAGACCCUGGAGGCCCUAAUAGAUCCCAACCGAUGGUCUCAAGGACCUCCCUUCCUUCUUCAGAACCCAGCCACCUGGCCAGAAAGACCCAGCACUGAGCCAUUUGAGGACAAUGUGGAACUCCGGAAGACCACCUUCUGUGGAGUAACGAUUACCUCACCAAUAUCAAUCAGCAGGGAUGACAAGGUGUACCAAACCUGGCAGGAGCUCAUAGAUGCCACUGCUCUAGAAAUCCUAGGACCAAACCCUUCAAGUUCAACACCUAAUGCUGAAGAGUACCAACAGGCAGAGAGGAUUGUUCUCCAGCGAGCCCAACGACAGUCAUUUCCAGAGGACUACAAACUCCUUGCAGCUGGGAAACCUGUCUCACCUGGGAGUCGAUUACUCACCUUGGCUCCGGAGUUAGAUAGAUCCACGGACCUCAUACGAGUAGGAGGUCGGUUACGACGUUUGGGGUCACUUUAA